AAGGAGGACGAAGAUCCGUGGCGCGCAUUUUCUUUGUUUUUGUUGGUUUUGUAUUACAAGCAAAGAAAAUAAAUAUAUACACUUUCGUAUUAUUAUUAUUAUUAUUAUUAUUAUUAUUAUUUUAUUGGCAUUACUUGUUGUGUAGUGUAAUACGAGUAUUCUAUUGAGGAAAUAUACUCUGUUUAUUCUGAAUUUCUUGAUUUAGUUAAAAGAUGAGUCUUUAUUGUUACAAUUAGUCAACUUGUCGUUGUCACUGUCACUGCUGUGUAAGAUCCGCCAUAGAUGCUAUUAGUUUUUUCCUAUUCCAAAUUUCUAGGAGUUUACUCUUAGUUUUUUUCUUCUUUUCAUGGGCCUUAAUCGAAUAAGAUUUGAUGCUGCUUCUCAUCGUUACAGCAACAAGAACAAGUCUCUCCUUCCUAGAUAUCUCCAAGCCAUGAAAACAAGAAAGAUCUUUGGGGUGUCUCUUUCUCUCAUCCUUAUAAACUUGGCUGCUAUAAUGGAGCGCGCUGAUGAAAACCUCCUUCCUGCUGUUUACAAAGAAGUUAGUGAAACUUUUAAUGCUGGGCCAUCUGAUUUGGGGUACCUUACUUUCAUAAGGAACUUUGUGCAGGGACUUUCGUCGCCCCUUGCAGGCGUAUUAGUUAUAAACUAUGACCGUCCUACAGUUCUUGCAAUGGGGACAUUUUGCUGGGCCUUAUCAACUGCUGCAGUGGGUGCCAGCCAUCAUUUCCUACAAGUUGCUUUCUGGAGAGGAGUUAAUGGCUUUGGACUAGCAAUUGUGAUACCAGCAUUACAAUCCUUCAUUGCUGAUAGCUAUAUGGAAGGUGUGAGGGGCGCUGGAUUUGGAUUGGUAAACCUUAUUGGGAACUUAGGUGGCAUAGGAGGUGGCGUGCUGGCAACUGUUAUGGCUGGUCAGCAGUAUUGGGGCAUCCCGGGAUGGCGUUGUGCCUUCAUCAUGAUGGCAACAUUAAGUUCAAUAAUUGGGUUUCUUGUUUUCUUAUUUGUUAUUGAUCCAAGGAAAACAAUCAGCAUACCACGUGAUACCCGCGAAAGUUUUGAAAGGGAUGAGUUGAUAGAAAGGAGCAGUUCUAGUGCAUCAUCCGUUUGGACAGAGUCCUGGACAGCCAUGCAAGCUGUUAUCAAAGUGAAAACAUUCCAGAUAAUUGUUCUGCAGGGGAUUGUUGGUUCUCUACCAUGGACUGCCAUGGUGUUCUUCGCUAUGUGGUUUGAACUAAUUGGUUUCAGUCACAAUAGCACAGCAUUCCUCCUGAGUCUCUUUGCUGUUGGGUGUGCAUUGGGUUCCCUCAUUGGUGGAUUGAUAGCAGAUCGACUGUCACAUACUUACCCUCACUCUGGCCGUAUCAUGUGUGCACAGUUCAGUGCCUUGAUGGGCAUUCCAUUCUCUUGGUUUCUGCUCAAAGAAAUUCCACUGUCAGUAAGCAGUUAUCACACUUUUGCUGUUACUAUUUUUAUGAUGGGCCUGACUAUCAGCUGGAAUGGCACUGCGGCCAAUGCACCAAUGUUUGCUGAGGUGGUUCCUGUGAAACACCGAACCAUGAUUUAUGCAUUUGAUCGUGCUUUUGAAGGAUCACUCUCUUCUUUUGCUGCUCCCUUGGUUGGAAUUCUUUCAGAAAAGAUGUUUGGCUAUGAUUCAAAGUCUAUUGAUCCAGUUAAAGGUUCUGUGCAAGAGGCUUCUGCACUGUCAAAGGGGCUUCUUUCAAUGAUGGCAGUUCCAUUUGGUUUGUGUUGCUUGUUUUACACUCCAUUGUACAAGUUUUUUAGGCAGGAUCGUGAAAAUGCUAGAAUCGCAAGUGCAAAAGAGGCGGAGAUGACGUGAGAAGCCUUGUAAGGCUUCAUGACUAAAUCAUGUGGAUAUUGACACACUACAUUUUCUCACAGAUAAGAUUUUGUUAGGAAGUGAUUCUUUGUUCCUUCUUGGCAAUUGAAGCAUAUAAGAUGGUGACUUAUGCCUGCAACUUUCAAGGGCUUCUUUGACUGAUGACAAUGCCAUUUGGUUUCUGUUGCUCGUUUUCACUUCAUAAUAUAAGAUUUUAAGUAGGAUUAUGGAGAUGCUACAAUGAUUCAAAGAAGGUAAAGAUGAUGCAAGAAGGUGCUGGGAAUCAUGUCCACAUCGACAUGCUACACUUUAACAUACAAAAUGUUUUUGUUGACUAAUGAUGCCUUUGUUGCUUCUUUUAAAUUGGAGCAUAUACCUAUUGCUGAUUUAUGUAAUUCAACCGCAUUGGCUAGUCAUGGCUCAAGCAAUGUAGUGAAGAACGAUAUCUUUCUGCUCUCAUGAGCAAACGGUUUGUUGUUUACGAGAUCAUGCAACAUAUUGAGGUACAUUACUGUGAAGUCAACAAACAGAUUUGUUUUUUAUCA